UGCUCUCCUUUCCCUUUCCCCUCUCCAAACCCGUCGCUAUCUGACGAGAACAUCCGCGAUGAGGCGCGCCGACAGCGCUCUUCCUCCUCCAACCCUUUCUCCGCACGCUACGUUCCCUUCAACGGCCCUGAUUCGUCCGAGUUCUAUUCGCUCGACGAGAUCGUCUACCGCAGCCGCUCCGGCGGCCUGCUCGACGUCCAGCAUGACAUGGAUGCGUUGAGGAAGUUCGACGGCGGGUAUUGGCGGGAGCUAUUCGACUCUCGCGUAGGGAAAACUACGUGGCCUUACGGGUCCGGAGUAUGGUCGAAGAAGGAGUGGGUUCUACCCGAGAUCGACGACGACGACAUUGUCAGUGCUUUCGAAGGGAAUUCCAAUCUUUUCUGGGCCGAGCGUUUUGGCAAACAGUUUCUGGGCAUGAACGAUUUGUGGGUAAAACACUGUGGGAUCAGCCAUACGGGUAGUUUCAAGGAUCUGGGAAUGACCGUUCUGGUCAGCCAAGUGAACCGCUUGCGCAAAAUGAAGCGACCACUCGUUGGAGUUGGUUGCGCCUCCACCGGCGACACAUCGGCGGCGUUAUCCGCUUACUGCGCUUCUGCUGGGAUUCCCUCAAUCGUGUUUUUGCCUGCGAACAAGAUAUCAAUCGCGCAACUGGUGCAGCCAAUCGCAAAUGGAGCUUUUGUGUUGAGCAUAGAUACUGAUUUUGAUGGGUGCAUGAAGUUGAUAAGGGAAGUAACGUCAGAGCUGCCUAUCUAUUUGGCUAAUUCUUUAAACAGUUUAAGACUGGAAGGACAAAAGACUGCUGCAAUCGAGAUACUGCAGCAGUUUGAUUGGGAAGUGCCUGAUUGGGUGAUCGUGCCGGGUGGUAAUCUUGGUAACAUAUAUGCUUUUUAUAAAGGUUUUAAAAUGUGCCAAGAACUGGGUCUUGUUGAUAGUAUUCCCAGGCUUGUUUGUGCUCAGGCAGCCAAUGCUAAUCCGCUUUACCUACAUUACAAGGCGGGAUGGAAGGAUUUUAAGCCAGUGAAGGCUAAUUCCACGUUUGCCUCUGCUAUCCAGAUCGGAGACCCUGUUUCCAUUGACAGAGCUGUGUACGCUCUCAAAAAUUCAGAUGGGAUUGUUGAGGAAGCGACGGAGGAGGAGUUAAUGGACGCAAUGGCACGAGCAGAUUCCACAGGCAUGUUUAUAUGCCCACACACCGGGGUUGCUUUGACGGCUCUGAUUAAGCUGAGGAAUAGCGGGGUGAUAGGGCCAACGGACAGAACUGUAGUGGUGAGCACUGCUCAUGGGUUGAAAUUCACGCAGUCAAAGAUUGAUUAUCAUUCAAAGGCUAUUCCUGACAUGGCUUGCCAGUUUGCUAAUCCACCAGUGCAAGUCAACGCGGAUUUUGGGGCAGUGAUGGAUGUGCUGAAGAGUUACUUGGGUAACAAGGCUCCCAACUAAUAGGAUUUCAUGUUGUAAGUUUAGGCCCCUUAUACUCUGUUCAAAUCACGUUUAUUUGGUUUUUCUUUUUUCUUUUUUUUUUUUUUUGAAAUAACACGUUUAUUUGGUUUUGAUAUGCCCUUUUUCUUAGAUAAGUUUUACAGUAGGUUUGGGUUGUAGGACGGGUUUUGUGUGAAGAUGGUAGGUAAUUUUGGGUUUUAUAUAGAGUAGAAAUCAUCUUCCACCAACAUUUGAGUAUGUGAAGCAUGAAUAGGCUAACGUUUAAUCUGCUAUCUGUUACCUUUUUUGGGACAGAAAUGGAUGAAAA